AUGUCCUCGGCGGCUGCUGCGCUACACAGCGACCAUGUCAAUCUUCUGAUAUUCCGCUAUCUGCAGGAGUCAGGCUUCGAGAGUGCAGCCCUUGGCCUCGCCAACGACUGGCACCGUCCGAAGGAUUGUCGCGACCCCGAAAACUACCCAUUUGCGCACGAAAUACGCAGGAACGAGCUGAUCUCCGUCAUCCAGGAGGGCCUGCACCAUGACGCGCUCCAGGCACGCGUGCGGAAAAGCCAGCGUAAGUACAGGUGGACGGGAAUAGACGCACGAGAGAGUAUCGAGCGACAGGAUGGGCGGGCAGAGCAUGGCGCGGCUGCGCGAGCAGCUUCGAGUAACAAGCGGAAAGGCCGGCCUGCUGUCAUGCGGCCUCCUGACGAGUUCCCAACCCCAGCGCCCAAGCGACAGAGGAGGAGUGAAGGAAGUGAUGCGCAACUCAACGGCGAUAGAGAUGCGAUGGACGUCGAUGCGGCAUCUGCGGAUGCAGAGGGAGAAGACGACCCAGAUGCUGUCUCGCCGACUGUGCACUCUGAGCCUGAGCAGCCUGAGGUCAUGGAUCGAUACGACAGUAUGGACAUUGCGACCCAGACUGAGAUCAAGACGGGCCCUAAGACUAGUACCAUGUACUGGAAGCCAGACCAGUCUGAUACUCCAAUCAUGCACAGUUCCUGGAAUCCGAGCCUGGACGAUGCGACUGCACAUAUAUUGCUGGUCACCGGCCAGUCGUCAUGUCGAUACUACUCAGUACCUGACUCCAUUGAUGACGCAAGGCAGAUUGAAAGUAUGGACGACACACUCGUGCCGGAAGAUGGCGCCGUUACUGCCAGCACAUGGCGGCCGGAUGGUAAAGCAGCCGCUUAUGCCUGCGAAUCUAUACGGGAUGAGCCUGGAGGCGAACAAGCGGCAGUCCAGAUGAUCUUCGAACGAUUUAGAACAUCCGAGUUGCACAAAGCGUCUUAUCCAUUGGGUGCCCCACUACUGGAGCCAUAUGGCAUGAUACUCUUCCUGUGCUACAGCCCAGACUCCCGAUACCUCCUCGCAGGAAGGACGAAGGAAGGCGGCGCCCUUGUUCAGGUCUGGAAAGCACGAGACCCAGAAGAUGAUGGCGCCCAGCCCAUCGCAUGGCGACUCUUCGACAAGCAGAUGCUGAGCGCCACUUGGAUCAGCAACGAGACAUUCGUCGUCUGUGGCGAACAAGGACUUUCGUGCAAGUAUCAAGUGGACCAGGCACACGAAGAAGUAGCCGUGGACGGCCUUGCCCAGCUCUCGGACAUGCCAGAUAAUAUCUUGACGGGACCAAGCAAGGUACAAGGCCUGAUCACACACAAUGCGAAUAUCUUCGACUUCUCGUACGCCCUCGAGAAGCUCGUCAUCGAUAAACGUCACAACAUCGGCGUAUUCCAGUCGGCUGAAUCGAGGAAGCUCAUAUUUACAUGUCGCCUGCACAACAGGGCGGCCGAGAUAGGGUCUGACCUCGAAGUAGACAUUCCAGAAGGUUUGACAUCGUUAGAGAUCGCACCUUGGGAAGAAAGAGAAGACGACAAAGCAGCCGUGCUCGACGCAGAGAAGCCAACCCUGUUGGCAGCCGCCUUUGAAGAUGGCAACUGCAUCAUCUACGAGAUCACCAAAACCGACGAAGGCGCCCCGAAAUGCGACGAAGCUAUCAAGCUGACCCUCCAGGAGGGCCCUGCGAUAGCAUCGCAGUGGUCACCGAAUGGGGAGCAUCUUGCGGUCGCAAAUGAAGAAGUCGUACAAAUCUGGUCCGUGGAAAGCUUUCAGCCAAAGAAUGGUGUCCGACACGCUGUUGAUGCAACCGUCGUGUGGCGGCCCACAUCCGAAGCUGACGAGACACUUGGCGAGAGCAUUGGCGAUGAAGAGAAGACAGCUUUUGAACCGAGUCUCAGCUGGAGCGCUGAUGGGGAGAGUUUGGCGUUUGCGGCAGACAAGCAGAUCGCCGUCAUCAGGUUCAGACCUUCACUGCAGAGUGAAAUUCCGGACACUGAACAGAAUGGAAGAAUCAGCCCUUGA